CCAGCGCUGCGGAGGGCCCGGGGGCCUAUCCUGGGUGUGGCGCCACCUUGGGGAGGCCUUGGCGGACGCCUGCAAGUCAACUGCUUGGUUCGGGGGCGGCUCGGAAACCGCAGCGGACCGUGACGAGAGGCACGUGGAGCCGUGGGGACACGAAGUCGGGCGGCAGGAGGGGCGGCCCGGAGCUCAGGCGGGGCACAGCGCCGGCAAGCGGGCGGCUGGCGGGGCUGUCCGGCGCGGGUGUCCCGGCGAUGUGUGGCGCUGAAGCGGCAGCGGGAGCAGCGGCAGCGGCGGCGGUGGGCUCGGCCUCGGCUUCGCGGCGGUGCCGGCGGCGGAGGCGGAGGCGCAGGCUCCUCCUCAGGACCUGGCGAGCCCGGGCCUAAGCGGCGGCCCCGCGAGACCCCUGCACAUCGCCCCGGAUCGGGGCCUUCCCCGCCUCGCCCUGCCCCGGGAGCCUGCCUCCCCGGCCGGGGAUGAGGCUGGGAGGCGGCCGCGCGGGGCCCAGCACAAAGGCUUGUUCCCGGGGGCCGCUGCCGCCGCCGCCCCCAGCCUAGAGCCGCCCGCCGAGGCCGAGCCGGCGUCGGGGCCCUCAUCCCCGCAGGUCCCCGGGGGCGGCUACUGCCCGUCUCCCCGAGACCCAGGGCCCCGAGUGCUGAGCCCCUUGUUCCUUCGGCUGCGACGGGAUCCGGCAGCUGCGCAGCCUCUGCUGCUCCCGGCCGUGCGGGCCCCGCGGAGCAUGUGGGAGGAGAGCGACAUGGAGAAAGCCAUCAAGGAAACCUCCAUUUUAGAGGAAUACAAUAUCAAUUGGACUCAGAAGCUGGGAGCUGGAAUUAGUGGUCCAGUUAGAGUCUGUGUGAAGAAAUCUACCCAAGAACGGUUUGCACUGAAAAUUCUUUUUGAUCGUCCAAAAGCUAGAAAUGAGGUACGUCUGCACAUGAUGUGUGCCACACACCCAAAUAUAGUUCAAAUCAUUGAAGUGUUUGCUAACAGUGUACAGUUUCCUCAUGAGUCCAGCCCCAGGGCUCGACUCUUAAUUGUAAUGGAGAUGAUGGAAGGGGGAGAGCUAUUUCACAGAAUCAGCCAGCACCGGCACUUUACAGAGAAGCAAGCCAGCCAAGUAACAAAGCAGAUAGCUUUGGCUCUACAGCACUGUCACUUGUUAAACAUCGCACACAGAGACCUCAAGCCUGAAAAUCUGCUCUUCAAGGAUAACUCUUUGGAUGCCCCAGUGAAGUUGUGUGACUUUGGAUUUGCCAAAAUUGACCAAGGUGACUUGAUGACACCUCAGUUCACCCCAUAUUAUGUAGCACCUCAGGUACUGGAGGCACAGAGAAGGCAUCAGAAGGAGAAAUCUGGCAUCAUACCUACCUCGCCAACACCCUACACUUAUAACAAGAGCUGUGACUUGUGGUCCCUAGGGGUGAUUAUCUACGUGAUGUUGUGCGGAUACCCUCCUUUUUACUCCAGACAUCACAGCCGGACUAUCCCAAAGGAUAUGCGGAGAAAGAUCAUGACAGGCAGUUUUGAGUUCCCAGAGGAAGAGUGGAGCCAGAUCUCAGAGAUGGCCAAAGAUGUUGUGAGGAAGCUCUUGAAGGUCAAACCAGAGGAAAGACUUACCAUCGAGGGAGUGUUGGAUCACCCCUGGCUCAACUCAACUGAGGCCCUGGAUAAUGUGCUACCCUCUGCUCAACUGAUGAUGGAUAAGGCGGUGGUUGCAGGCAUCCAACAGGCCCAUGCGGAACAGUUGGCCAACAUGCGAAUCCAGGACCUGAAAGUCAGCCUCAAACCCCUGCACUCUGUGAACAACCCCAUUCUAAGGAAGAGGAAAUUACUCGGCACCAAGCCAAAGGAUGGUGUUUAUAUCCACGACCGUGAGAAUGGAGCCGAGGAUUCAAAUGUUGCCUUGGAAAAGCUCCGAGAUGUGAUUGCUCAGUGUAUUCUCCCCCAGGCUGGUAAAGGAGAGAAUGAAGAUGAAAAGCUGAAUGAAGUAGUUCAGGAAGCUUGGAAGUAUAACCGGGAAUGCAAACUCCUAAGAGAUACUCUGCAAAGCUUCAGCUGGAAUGAGUUCAGAUGAAUUAUGUGUCGCAGAUUCAUUGCUGCAGAGCCCCCGUCACAUACGACUUGGGCAAAAAAAGUCAGAUCUCAGAACUCCUUCCAGAUACCUGAGCUGUUCACUGGGUCAUUAAGGAGCAGUAUACUCUGAAGGGGAGAAAGAGGGCAAAGUACCACAGAGUCUGCCCUGCUGAUCUGCUUAGCUUAGAGAAGACCUGUUUCACUGAAGAGUAGAGAGUGCCAAAUCUGCCGCUUAUUGAAUUUUUUUCCCCACAGGCAAACAAGGUACAGGUGUGUUUUUUGAGCUGCUUUUGUAUUGUCUUUCUACUUCAGCAGACUAAACUAGACUUAAGGUCUAGGAUGCUCAGGGAAGGGAGCAAACUCAUUGCCUAGCUUGAUUCUUGGACAUGAGAAAUCCAAAGUGCUAGCCUGGCUAUUCCCAUACUUGGAGGAGAUUAGCUUCCCUAGGAUUUUUUUUUUUUUUUUUUUAAGAUUUUGAAAUAUCAAUACAGAAAAGUGAUCACAUUUGAGGUAUGCACGUCCGAUGAAUUUUCACAAAGUGAACACUCCCGUGUAACAAGCACCUAGAACAUGUAGUGGAGCAUGUGCCCUCUUUUAACUGCUACCUCCCUCCUCACAAGGGUAAUUAUGAUCCCAGUUUCUAGCAGUAUAUAUUAGUUUUGCCUGGUUUUAUAUUUUAUGUAAAUGGAGUCAGAGAAGUCUAUGUUCUUUUGUGUCU